AUGGCUUCCAACCUCGUCGUCGCCCUGGACCUCCUCCUUCUCCUUGCCGUCGUUUGUAUCCUAAAGACUAUUUUACGCUCCAGCAAGGCACCUUCUCUUCCUCCAGGCCCCAAGGGUCUUCCGCUGGUCGGAAAUAUCCUUGAUAUGCCUUCUGAGAAAGAAUGGCUCACAUUCGCCAAGUGGGGGGAAACAUGGGGAGACUUAUGUUCGGUUACGGUCCUCGGACAGCCCCUCGUCAUUGUCAACUCCGCAAAAGUGGCCAGCGACAUGCUCGACAAGAAGAGCGCGGUAUACUCUGAUCGACCAGUUCUCCAAAUGGCUGGAGAACUUGUUGGCUGGAAAAACACUCUCGUUCUGUUGCCUUAUAGCGACCGCUUCCGCCGCUACCGGCGUCUCUUCCACAGUCUCAUAGGUAGCCAUGCGGCCGUUGAACGCUUUUUUCCGAGUGAGGAAUUGGAAGCUCGACGCUUCUUACGCCGCGUUCUUGCAAAGCCAGAUGACCUCGCCGCUCACGUUCGCAAAACGGCAGGCGCAGUUAUUUUGCGCAUAUCACAUGGGUACGAAGUUAAGGAGGGCAUCGAUCCUCUCGUCGAACUGGCUGAUAUCGCCACGGAGCAAUUUUCGCUCGCCUCGGCACCAGGUGGUUGGCUCGUCGAUGUCAUCCCUGCUCUGCGUCAUAUUCCUUUGUGGUUCCCCGGUGCCGGCUUCCGUCGGACUGCGAUCGAAUGGGGUUCAACAUUACAAGAAAUGGUGCAAAGGCCUUACGACUUUGUCGUGCAACAUAUAGCGGCAGGAACUGCAGAGGUCUCUUUCACGUCAACUCUCCUAGAAGGAAAACGAUUAACUGCUGAGGAAGAAUUCGACCUCAAAUGGAGCGCCGCUAGUUUAUAUUCCGGCGCAGCCGAUACGACGGUCUCGGCUAUCUAUUCCUUCUUCUUAGCGCUCGCUCUUCAUCCGGAGGUGGUUAAGAAAGCGCAAGCCGAGAUCGAUGCUGUUGUGGGGCCCGACCGGCUUCCUACCUUUGAAGAUCGGCCCUAUCUCCCAUAUAUCAACGCUCUAGUCCUCGAGGUCCUACGUUGGCACGCGGUCGUUCCUACCGCUGUUCCUCAUCGGGUAAUGCAAGACGACAUUCACGAAGGAUACCUGAUCCCUAAAGGCGCAUUGGUCAUACCUAACAUCUGGCAAGUAUUACCUAUUGUCUAG